GCAACGUUACAGUGGAGCCAUAGUCUGCGCGGCAAGUCAUUGAAUUCAUCGCCAGAACCUGUGACUCUCCCUCUCUAACCAUCAGCCAUGCCUUUUCUCCAUUCAAAUCAUCAACCAAAACCCUGAAAAAGCUUACACUAUCAACAAUGUCACUCACUUUAUCACAUCAGCUCUUCAUAAACUCACUACCCUCUUCUCGUUCCUCACUCUUCUUCGCGACCAACCCCAGAAACCCUAACCAUUUCUCUCUUUUAUCUCCAAUCACCUCCCGCAGUCUUAUCCACAUUUCCCAUAGUACCCCCUUCACUUUCACUCCCAAAUUUUAUCACUCUCUCAAACCACCCAGCUCUCACAACCCCAGUAUCACACCACAGACACAUGAAAGUUUCAAUCUUGAUUCCGUUUUGUCAGUGUUUGAAUUUGUUUGUCUUGUAUCUUCUCUGGUGAUUGCAAUUGGGUUUUUUGUGAAUUAUUCAAUUUUAGGGACCAAAGUGUUGGUGGGUUUAAUGGGGAAGAGGGUGUUAGCGAGUGGUGUGGUGGCGUUGGUGUGUGGGGUGUGGACAGGGGCGGUACUACGGUGGCGGCAAUUGUGGCGGAUCGGGAGAGAGAAGGGUGGAGCUGUGGGAAGUGGGAGUGUGAAUUUGGUGGAGAGAAUUGAGAGAUUGGAGGAGGAUUUGAGGAGUUAUGCUACAAUUAUUAGGGUUUUGUCUAGGCAACUUGAGAAGUUGGGAAUUAGGUUCCGAGUUACUCGCAAGGCUCUUAAAGAGCCCAUUACUCAGGCUGCAACUUUGGCCCAAAAAAAUUCUGAGGCAACUCGAGCAUUAGCAAUGCAAGAAGACAUUCUUGAGAAGGAGCUGGGAGAAAUUCAGAAGGUUUUGCUUGCCAUGCAGGAGCAACAGCAAAAACAACUUGAGCUGAUACUUGCUAUUGGGAAGACUGGGAAGUUAUUUGAAAGCAGGCGGGAAUCUAAUCAAGAACUGGAUACACUCAAAACCUCAAAUAUGGUUGAUGUGGCUGAACAAAUGGAAACCCACAAAACUCAAGCUACGGGUUCAGGCAGGGGAAGCAACAAUGACAGAUCCUAGGAAUUUUAUAGCAGCGGUCACUACUUGAGUCAUCAUUUUCACUGCAUAAUAUCAAUUAACCAGUGGCAUGCUUGGUUUAACUGAGGAUGAGAGCAUUCCAUUUUUGAGCCUGGGAAACGUUUCUCAGGUUCUUGGAUUGCCACUAUAGAAGAUGAAAGAAAAAUUGAUAUGAAGUAUAAUUAAUUUCUUGUUAAGCAUGUGAUUAUACCAAUGAGACAAUGGUUCUUUGUGCUCGCUCGAGUUUGUAACUAUUGUAAUUUUAUUCAAUCUCAUAGCUUUUUUCUU